AUGCCGCCCACUCCGCUCCGCUUCAGCCCGCACAAAUUUCAAAUUCGCCGCGCCGCCGUCACGGGCAGCGCCCGCCCCCAUUGGCUGCCGGACGGCGGGCGGGCCGUUGCGCCGCGGGGCGGGCCGGCGGUCUGGGCUCACUGGGAGGAACCUGGGCUGAGGAACCGGGCGCAGAGCUGGAGUCACAAACGCAAAUUUCUGCCAAUUAAACAUGGCUCCUUGGCGAGGAAAGGGCAGGCAGAACGUGCUCAGCAUCGCACAGGCAGCGAUGUGCGGGGCCUCGCAGGCACCCCCAGCACCCCAGGCAGCGGCCGGGGGCUCGAGGGCGGCACCUCAGGCACCCGACGGACAGCCGUUACAGAGCUGCGCUGCUCGCCCUACCUGACGUCGCACACACCGUCCUCUCUUCACAAAGCUGUUGUGAUCGCUCCUAACACUUAUUUCAAACGGCAGAUUUACACAGAUCUUUCGCCGCUCUUACGAAAGAGCUUACCAGCGGCUGAUUUCAGCGAAGGUUACGGCGGGGACCCCGGGGAGGACCCGCAGGCGCGUGGCAGGGCGCGAACGGUCCGCAGACGGCCAGCGCCGUCCCUUCGGGGCGAGCCUCCCGCCCGGCCCCUCCCUCCGCCCGCCGGGGCGGGGCCGGGAGCAGCGCGGGGCGCGCGGCAGACGCGGGCCAGCAUCGCGGGGCGAGCCAUGGGGCCGGGCUCGGCGCGGCUCAACCGGUCCGGCGUUUCGCGGGAGGCCGGCGGCGCCUGCGCGGCGGACGGGCAGCGCGCGGGGCCCUUCUCCGGCGCCGCCGCGGCUCUGCUGGCGGCACUCAUGGGUCUGCUGGUGCUGGUCACGGUGCUGGGCAACGCACUGGUCAUCCUGGCGUUCGUGGUGGACCGGCGCCUCCGCACCCAGGGAGACUUCUUCUUCCUCAACUUGGCCGUCGCCGACCUCCUGGUGGGCGGCUUCUGCAUCCCGCUCUACAUCCCCUACGUGCUGACGGGCGAGUGGAGGCUCGGCCGGGGCUUGUGCAAGCUGUGGCUGGUGGUGGACUACCUGGUGUGCACCGCCUCCGUCUUCAACAUCGUCCUUAUCAGCUUCGACAGGUUCAUCUCUGUCACCAAGGCGGUGAGUUACAGAGCACAGAAAGGGAAGACCAGAAAUGCAAUACUGAAGAUGAUCACUGUAUGGAUUGCUGCUUUUCUUCUCUAUGGUCCAGCCAUUCUCAGCUGGGAGUACGUAGCCCAGAAGAGCAUCCUUCCAGAAGGAGAAUGUCAUGCAGAGUUCUUCUACAACUGGUAUUUCCUAAUGAUUGCUUCUACCAUUGAAUUCUUUACACCUUUCAUCACUGUUACAUACUUCAACUUAAGCAUUUACCUCAAUAUUAGGAAACGCAUAUCCCUUAGAAAUGAAAACUUAUCUCCUGGCCAAGAGGACUGUGAGAUGAGUUUCCGAGGGAAAAAAAGGGAACACACCAUAUUUUUUGUAAAACCUGCUAACAGACAGAAACACAAGAAGAAGAAAGCAAGCAGCCUUUCUCCCCUGCAGAAGGCUUCAAGGCUCAGCCUAUGUAAAUUUGACAGUCAGUCAUUAAAUGUGAAUGCCAAUCAAGACCUUACACCACUUCAGGUGGACGUAGAGACCAAGUCUCAUAGGAACAGUUUCUGUAAAAGUACAGAAGACACAGGCGGCACCACCACGAGAGCAGACGCUGCUGUGACAAACAGAUUUAGACUUACUCGAGAUAAAAGAGUAGCAAAGUCUUUAGCAAUUAUUGUAAGUGUGUUUGGUUUGUGUUGGGCACCUUAUACACUUUUAAUGAUCAUCAGAGCAGCUUGCCAUGGGCACUGUGUGUUACAUUCACUUUAUGAGACUUCGUUUUGGCUUCUGUGGGUGAAUUCAGCCAUUAAUCCCAUUCUGUACCCACUAUGCCACAUGAGCUUCAGGAAAGCCUUUAUCAAACUCCUGUGCCCAGGAAAAGUUAAAAUUCAUCCUCAUAUUUUUAUGUAAAAAAAAAAAAAAAAAAAACCUGUGAAAUUUGUCAGUAAGCACAUCUUGCUUUCAGUGGGAACACAAACUGGCCAAUACUCAUAUGUAAAUAGUAAAUGCACUGUGCACUGAAUAUUUAAGGGAACACUGAUGAGUAAAUAUUCAGGAACUUAUAGAAUACAGUCAUCUGCAUAGCUGAAGAAACAGCAAUCAAUGAAAACAAAGGUAAUUUCUCAAAGCUCUUCAAGGAUUUGCCUACAGUGUACUUUCUGGUGAUGAUGUACUAGCACUGAAGAGACAAAAAGGGAAUACAAAUUUCAUAUCCAACAACUGGGGAGUGUCUCAUUAUUAAUGUUUAAGUAAAACUUAGUUAGUUUGGAUUUGUUAUAUUUUGCCCCCAGCCACUCUGUAAGGACUUCAGGGUCUUAGCUGCUAGGUAUAUGCAUUUUGGGGAGGAAAUCCCCAGUCCCUAACCAACUAAUGGUACCAAGGAAAAGCUUGGAACAAGAGGUACCAGAACAGUCAGGUUACCAGAAAAGCUGAACAACUAUACCAAUAAAGGAACGCUGACUUGGGUGGAAAAGGUGAUUCGUUUCCACCUUCAUUAGCAUCUUCUACAGUUUUACAGACAUUUAAUUCUGAGAACAAUUCAUAGCUAUUGAACAUCCACAGUCACUCAGUGCCACAGCCAAAAAGCAUCUUAGCACAGCUGAUCUGAAAGUUCACUAAUGAUGAAGUUCAUUUUGUAAAAUUUCAAUAAAGGUAAUUACCAACUGUGAAA